AUGGAAAAUAAGCAAUUAAAUCUUCGACUUGAGAUUACAAUAUAAGAAUUUUAUUCAGAUUCUCCUCUUCCAUUCUUCAUUGCAUUUCAAAUUAAAACAAGUAUGUAACAUCUGAUUCUUCAGAUCGUGAAACAAUCAGGACUAGUUCGUAUGAAAUAUGCAAAGGUUAGAAUCAAAUUAAUGAAACCCAUUUCAUUUCUUUUUAAGAUCUCUUCACAGAAUCAAACUAAAACAAUUUAGAACUCUUUCUUCUUAUGAAUAAUCAGGUUGCAGGACGUCUAUGUUGUAAUUUAACCUAAUUAGUUAAUUCUCAACUUGACCUUUAAUCUCAUAACGAUUCACAUAUUGAAAUUAAAGAAGAAGUAAUAUUAAAUGGAAAUGAAAUCCUGAAUCCUCAAGUCAAAUUAAAACUAAAAGUCCUAAAUCCAAAUGAAUAAUUUUCAUAAAGAACAACUAUUAAUAUUGCAACUUCAGAAAAUUAAAUUGACUAAAACCUCAUUGCAUCUUAAUUAAGAGUAGAACUUGAUCACUGGAAAUCUAAAUACUCAAAUCUUGCUCAAGAAUUAGAUUCUUUGGGUGAUGAACUAUUGUCUCUUUCAAUUAAAGAAAAAACAAAUCAAUUUUGUUACUAAACUACGGAGAUCAAUUUAUUUAGAAAAAUAAUGAAAUCUAAGUUGCAGCAUUUCCUUUAAAUUCAUGAUAAUUAAGUGGAUUAAAUUUAUUUAUUAAAAAAAGAAUUAAAUUCAUAUAGAACUAAAUUAUGCUGCUAGGUAUUAAUCUUCAUUAUUAUUUAGUGUUCAACACCCUUAUUAAAACAUAGUUCUUAAAGUCUAUCUGAAAAGAUUCAAUAUUUAUCUUCAAUGAUAGACAAGUAAAUAUUCAAUUUAUUUUAGAAAAUAAACAGAAUAUAUUUAAUUAAUAAAAUCUUUAGAAAUAGAGAAAGAAUAAUAAAAAUGUUUACAAAAUACCAUUUAAAUAUUGAAUUCAUAGUAGUUGCUACUAAGACAAGCUUUGGCAAAAUCAAAGAAAUAAGUUGAAGACUUACUUAAGCUUUAAACUUAAUAAGAACAAAAAAACGAAUUAUUAAAUAAAGAUAUCAUUUCUAAAACUUAAAUCAUGUUUUAAUUAAAUAAAAAAUGUUUAGAAUUAGAGAAAUAAAAUGUUAAAAUAAACUCUGAUACCACAGAGAUCAUUAAAUUAUACAAAUAAUGGAGUAUGUCCAUAUUUAAAUCUUUUGAAAAAGAGUCUUUUGAAUAAUAAUAACUUUUUGAUACAUUAAAUUAAUUGAAUACCUAAUUAAAAUUUUUUAUAACUAAAGAAUACUAAACUCCAGAUUCUCAAUAAAUUAAAGAAUGUCAAUGCAAAAUAUAACAAUAUAUUGAAGCUUACCAUUCUUAAGUUGCUUAAUUAGAGCAAAUAUUAAAUCUAAAUAAAAUGAACUUAUUUAAAUCAAAUUUAAAUAUGAAUUUUUCCAAAUUAGAAGAUAAAUUUUCUCUAUAAUUAUCUUAAGAAAAUACAAAUGAGAAUGAAAUUUAAUAAGCAGAAAUGCUUAAAUUUUAGAAUUUUUAAAUUGAAUAAUAUAUCUAAAAUAUUAUUCAAUAAAAAGAUGAAGAAAUAACAAAAUUAAAGCAAAAAAUAGGUGAUAUGCUAAAUCUUGCUUUAGAAUUAGGCAAUUCAGUGUUAAUCGAGCAAAUGCAACUGACAUUAAUGUGA